CCGGCGACGGCGCCGUCGUCGUCCCGGCCGGGGUGGAGAUCCGGGACGCGCCGCUGCACCCGCACCGCGGGGUGGUGCUGGACGCGGCGCGGAGCUACUACCCGGUGUGCGACGUGAUGCGCACGGUGCGCGCCAUGGCGCACAACAAGCUGAACGUCCUCCACUGGCACCUCUCCGACGCCCAGGCCUUCCCCCUCUCCCUCCCCUCCGAGCCCAACCUCGCCCGCCGCGGCGCCUACCCCACCCCCUUCCCCGCCACCUACUCCCCCCGCGACGUCCGCCGCGUCCUCCGCUUCGCCCUCUCCUUCGCCGUCCGCGUCGUCCCCGAGAUCGACGCCCCCGGGCACACGGGGUCGUGGGCCGGGGCGUAUCCGGACAUCGUGACUUGCGCCAACAAGUUCUGGUUGCCGCCGGGCGGGCCGCCGCUGGCGGCUGAGCCCGGCACGGGCCAGCUGAACCCGCUGAACCCGGAGACGUACCGCGUCGUCCGCAACGUGUUCCGCGACGUCGCCGCCUUGUUCCCGGACCCCUACAUCCACGCCGGGGCCGACGAGGUCAAUGCCGCGUGCUGGGACGACGACCCGGCGGUGCGGCGCUUCAUCGCCGCGGGGGGGACCCACGACCAGCUGCUGGAGAUCUUCGUCAACGCCACCCGGCCGUUCAUCGCUGACACGCUCAACCGCACCGUCGUGUACUGGGAGGACGUGCUCCUCGGCCCGAACAUCAAGGUCGGGGCCGCCGCGCUGCCGCCGGAGACCACCGUGCUGCAGACGUGGAACAACGGGCCCACGAACACGAAGCGGCUCACGGCCGCAGGGUAUCGCGUGAUCGUGUCGUCGUGGGAGUUCUACUACCUGGACUGCGGGCACGGCGGGUGGGUCGGAAACGACAGCCGGUACGACUGGCAGGACAGCGACGAGCCAGGGCACCCGUUCAACUACGCGGGGGGCAACGGCGGGUCGUGGUGCGCGCCAUUCAAGACGUGGCAGCGGAUUUACGACUACGACAUACUGCACGGGCUGACCGACGAGGAGGCCGGGCGCGUGCUGGGCGGGGAGGUGGCUUUGUGGUCGGAGCAGGCCGACGGGACGGUGCUGGACGGCCGGCUAUGGCCGCGGGCGGCGGCGAUGGCGGAGGCCCUGUGGUCGGGGAACCGCGACGAGACCGGGAAGAAGAGGUACGCCGAGGCGACCGACCGGCUGAACGAGUGGCGGCACCGGAUGGUGCAGAGGGGGAUCCGGGCCGAGCCGAUCCAGCCACUGUGGUGUGUGCUGCACCCGGGCAUGUGUAAUUUAGUUCAGUAGCAGAGAAAAAGAAAGAGAAAGGGAGAGUGUUAUUAUCUAUUUAUUCGAGGAUAUUGAAUAAUUAGAUUCUUGCAAUUAUUUGGCGAUAGAAUACGAAUUAUGUUGGCAAAUUUGUGGAUAAUUAUAGAAUUUAAUUGCGCCCGUAAAAUUGUACAAUUAUUUGAGAUAAUUUAAGACUUUGAUUUUUUAUUAGAUGAUGGAUUAUAGCUUUUGCGGAAAUACUAUUUGAUGAAUGAAAUUUUAA